AUGCCGCUGCCGGUUUAUCCGGUAGGCCCAAUAGUUAGAUCAUCCGGUCUACCUUGUGACAAAUCACAUGCAGACUGUCUGGCUUGGCUGGUUGAACAACCCGUCGAAUCGGUGAUUUAUGUAUCGUUUGGGAGCGGCGGAACGCUGUCGGAAGAGCAACUCACUGAGUUGGCCUUUGGGUUGGAGUUGAGUGGGAAACGAUUCCUUUGGGUGGUGCGUCCGCCUGCUGGCAAGGACGGGGCUUUAUUCAACGCCGGAGGCGGAGGUGAUGGGCUUUCAAGGUAUUUGCGCGAUGGGUUCUUGAAUCGAACCCAAGAGGUAGGAUUGGUUGUCCCUAUGUGGGCCCCUCAGUUAGUGGUGUUGAGCCAUCCAUCGGUAGGAAUCACACUGUGGAUGGAACUCGAUAUUGGAAAGCAUGGUGAACGGAGUACCGAUUAUUGCGUGGCCGCUGUACGCAGAACAGAAGACGAAUGCGGCAAUGGUGGCGGAGGAAUUAUGUGUGGGUUUGAGGACGAAGGAGUUGCCGACGAAGAUGGUGGUGAGAAGGGAAGAGAUCGAGAAGCUGGUGAGGUUGGCAAUGGGAAAGGAAGGGGAAGCAACGAGGAGAAGAAUGAAGGAAGUGAAGGAGAGUGGGUUGAGAGCGGUGGAUGA